AUGCAGUGCAUAGGUGAUAUCAGUGAAGAGGUCUGGCAAGACUGCAUCACGCUCUUCCUACAGACUGAGAUGUGCUGUGAUGCAGCAAUUAUCACCAACUCUUCACCCGGGUUCUUAGAUUCUUAUCAUGAAGGCAACUUGUUCCAGUUGACCCAGAAAGAAAUUCAGAUCUUGCUGGCAAGGGAGGGGAGAGAGAAAUUGUUUCUUCAGGGAAUCAGCCUUGCGGAAACCAAAUGCUUAUUGAUCCGGGACAACCUGUACACUGAGGGCAACUACACCAUGGACCUCUGCACCAAAGGCCAGAGUCAGGGCAGUCAGGCAGUGAUGGUAGUUCAGAUCGUGUCUGUAUACCUUAUGGUGAUAGGACAAAAAGGAAUAGAAGGAGGCCCUCUUAACCUCAAGGCUUUUGAGAUGGCAGGUUACAUCAGAGAAGCCAUUCACCAACAUAUGGCCCAUUUCUAA